AUCAAUUGCUACGCUUCUUUUGUCAAUCUAUGGUAGUCUAUGAUUCUUUCUCUUUUCUUCAACAAACAAGCAUUCCACCCAUUUUAUUGAAUUUAUACGGUUUUAGAUAAUACUUCACAGAAAUGACUUCUAAAAGUGAAAAAGACCGUGCUAAACAGAUCCAGGAUCGAUGUCAGAAUGUGUUAAUGCUAAUGCUGAAAGACGAAGACAAUAAAUAUUGCGUUGACUGUGAUGCUAAAGGUCCUCGAUGGGCGUCAUGGAACCUGGGCAUUUUCUUGUGCAUCCGUUGUGCGGGCAUCCACCGCAACCUCGGUGUGCACAUCUCCAAAGUGAAGAGUGUCAAUCUUGACUCGUGGACUCCAGAGCAAGUGGUAUCCCUCCAACAGAUGGGUAAUUCCCGAGCGCGCGCCGUGUACGAAGCGAAUCUACCGGAUUCUUUCAGGCGGCCGCAGAAUGACUCCUCGCUGGAAGCCUUCAUCAGGGCCAAGUACGAGCAGAAGAAGUAUAUUGCCAAGGAGUGGGUGCCGCCGACUAUCCCUAAAGUUAACUGGGAUAAAGAAAUAGACGAAGAAAUGGAAAAACAAAAGCGGAAAAAGAAGUCGACAUCGUCGGGGCUCGGGCCCCUGCCAGCUCCCACUACUAGCGACAAAAAGUAUAAUAAAUCUGACGUGAUUCCGAGCAUCCCGAAACCAAAGUCCUCAGUCAGUCCGAAACUAGGCAGAAGUACGCCCACAAGUCAAGCCGAGGCUAAACCUUCAAACGGAUCCGCUGACCUACUCGGACUAGACACGGCCAAGACAGAGUCUAAACCUAGCGACGACAUUUUCUCAAGCUUCUUCUCAGCACCGCAGGAGAAACCAGCAGAACCCAAACCGGAAACCAAACCAGAUUUGAAGACUGAAGAGGAAAACUUCUUCAAACAACCUGCUCCCACAGAAAAAGAGAAAUCAAAGUUAACUAAAGACAGUAUAUUAGCACUGUACAGUCAAACACCUUCUACGAAUUUAGUUAACCAAUUUAACCCCGUGCCGCCUGCGCAACAGCAGUUUGCUUUCGGUGGAGCGUACCAACCUCAAGCAUUUAACAAUGUGCCGGCGCAAAACGGUAUGCAAUUUAACCAAUUCCCACCAAUGGGAAACCAGUUUCAGCAGCCGUUCCCUGCUCAACCAGCCAUGCCUCCCUCACAACCUUUCAAUCAAGGAAAUCAGUUCUUCAACCAACAACAGCCACAACAACUAACUCAACAAUUUGGAGGCUUAAACCUAGGACAGAGUUUCCCAAACGCGUUCACACAACAAAAUACCAAUGUUGCCAGUAACACGUGGCAAUAGAAUAAAAACUCGUUUUAAAGUUGUUUGUUUGUAGUGAUUCUUUUGUCAAAGAGAAAAAUGACGUACAGUUGUGUGUGCUGGUUUUUUUUUUACCGACAUUCCAUUGUUUCGAGCCAUUUUUGUCAGUAUUAAAAAUAAAAAAAGUACUUAAUGCUUCUCGUACAAAGUUUCCACAGACAAACAACUGUCUUAAAUGCGUGGGUAAAAAUAUUUUGUUUCAAUUACUGCAUUGUAGAUCAACGCGAGGUUUUAACAGAAUUGUAUAUAUGUUAUUACAACAUGUGAUACAACAUGUAACAUGUAAUACUUGCCAUUACAAGUUUUAUGUGUAGUUCUCAAACAUUGUGAAAAAAGGCGUUAUGGCGAAUUCCUUGUACAUCAUGAGUCUUUGCGAUAUCGUACUCUGAUUUGUUAUACGCCAAAGGAAAUUAAGAAGUUUAACUAAUAUAUAAUUGUAAAUCCAAUUUGGCACUGGAGUAUAAUUUUUUGUGUAUAUUGAUAUAUUGCAAUAAAUGUGAUAUUUUCGUAUUAUUUUUAGACGUAAUUUUGAUCAAACCAUCGCUGUUGAUGCUUUCCAUAUUUUUUUCUUCUACGGUUUGUGCAAUGCGUCCCGAUACUUAUUUACUCAAAAAACAAUUUUUAUUUUAUAUAGUUUUUAAUAUUUAUACAUAUUGGAUGUUUUUACUUCGCGAUCGAAGAAAUAAUUUUGCACAUUCUUAUAACACAAUUAUAAAAUAUUUUGCACAGAAGUACGUAAUUUGUGUUCGAGUAUCAAUAUAUUUUGGAAUAAAAAUAGGUGUUAAUGUUAAGUAGGCAAUUUUAUUUUAUUAAUAAAUAUUGUGAGAUGUUAUACCUCUAAAAAUUGGUCAUUUGUGCAAGUGGCAACACCAUUUAAAAAAAAAUCUCAAGUGUUGCCAUUCUCAAAUCCGAAGGUCCUAUUCUUCACGAUUGGUACCAUUUGUAAAUGGUUAAUUAAAAUUAUUUCUAGACUUCAUUUAAGCCCGACGUUUUAUGACAAUAAUAUUGGUUUUGCAACAAUUUUUCAUUAAUUUUUGAACUGUCCAAAUUUGUAUUUGAGAACUUUUCUCAUAUAAAAUUUUUGUUAGAUCUCAUAUCGGUUUCCCGGAUGCAUCAUCACAGCGUCCUCUUUGCUUCAGAACCUGGAGAGUUCUUUUUGGCACAAGUAGAACUUUCAUUCCCUAUGCAUUUUUAAAUUUAUGAUUUUAAAGCUAUGACAAAAGUGGUAUCUCUAUUAAUUUUUAAAAAUCUAUUUUCUUGCUUCUCUAAAUAUACAUAGUUGUUUGGUCGUAUAUGACUGAUUACUAUCAUUUUUAUGGUAAUAGAAUGCAGUUCUUAUUUAAUAAAACGCAAAAGUGACUGACUGAUCUAACAACGUACAGCCCAAAUUAGUGCACUGAUCGAGGUGAAAUUGGGCAUGCAAAUAGUUACUAUGAUGUAGACAACAAUGAUUUUCCGAAAUUAUAGCGGGAAUGUAAACAGCGGGAUGUUUCGUUUUACGCGCGCUGAUCGUGCUCUAGUUUCGUUUAUAGGCUGUUUUAUUAUACGUUUCGACGGACAAAAAUGAUAGAUGAUGCAAAAAAAGCCGGACGUUUCCAGAGUGGAGGGUUGAGGUUACUACAAUGGGAAAAAUUUAAGCUACUUUUGAAUAAUUUUUUAUUCAAUUAUUCAUUUAAAUUUUUAUUUUAAAUUAAAAAUGAUUAUGUGUAGCAGUACGUAAAUGUAUUCACUGAGAAAACAUUUUGGUGUAUUAUGUUCUAAGAUAAAUGUGAUUGAAUAACCUGAUGAUUUAAUAAUAAAAUGUAUAAAACCUAUAAACCAGAUAUUCAGGGGCCAUAUUGGCUGAGGCCAUUGUGCCUGUUUUCAGUUUACACAAAUAAAUAUAAUGCCAAUA